AUGCAAGAAGCGCACACUAGUGACUCUGGGACGAACAACGAUGGGGUGUCAUCACCUGAGGAUCGUGGAAAUUUUCAUGAAAGCCUGCAGAUAGACAUGAAGGGGUUGGUGGGGGAUGCCGUUGGAAACAUGAGUAUCAGCCCGGCUUCUCGGGACAUUGUUCUUGCUGCACGCAGAGGUCUAUUCAUAAUUGACCUGGAAGCACCUCUGGAAAUUCCCCGCUUCCUUCCCCAGGGUGGCACAUGGGAUGUAGCAGACGUUCAAUGGAAUCCACAUACUUCCCGAGCACAGUACAUCGUUUCUACUUCCAGCGAGAAAUUAUUGAUAUGGAAUCUCAUGGCCACAGGAAAGUCAAAUAUCGAACACAUUCUCUACGCUCACUAUCGCGCUAUCACUGACAUAAACUGGCAUACAACCGAGUUCGACACCGUUGUCAGCACCGGUAUUGAUAGUUGGGUAUGGGCAUGGGAUCUUAGAGAACCUCGAAAGCCCAUAUUCGGUAUGUCAAGCAUACCUCUACUGACUCCGGGGACCCAAGUCAAAUGGAGUCGUCAAGAUGCUAACAUUCUCGCCUCUUCACAUUCCACCGAGGUGCUCAUUUGGGAUAGGCGUAAAGGUUCUCUUCCUAUCUCCAGAAUUGCAGCUCACAACUCCAAAAUAUACGGCAUUGACUGGUCUUACCAGGAAUCCAAUGAGAUAGUCACUUGUUCAUUAGACAAGACGAUCAAAAUAUGGGAUGUGAACGCUACUCCUCAGGAACCCAAAACUGUGAUACACACGGCAUACCCUGUUUGGCGUGCUAGGAACUUGCCGUUCGGCAACGGUGUAAUGAGUUUAGCGCAGAGAGGGGAGGCCAUUCUUGAGAUGUAUGCGCGCUCUGACACAACGACACCCGUGGACGUGUUCGAAGGACAUACAGAUGUCGUAAAGGAAUUCGUCUGGAGGAGGGGCGGAAAGGACGACUCAGACAUCCAGCUUAUAACGUGGUCAAAAGACCGGACCUUACGGUUCUGGCCGGUCGACCCAGAAUCCCUGCGGAAAGUUGGCCAUAGUCCACCGAUCUCACGAGGACGCAAAAUGGCUACCGAUGAACGACGUACCUUCUCUUUCCGAAACCCUCCCCAAGCUUCCAAAAACUCCCCGCUUUUGUCGGCACCUGUUGGUCAUCGUUCAAUUCUUGCCGAGGUUCGUGCUGGUGCCCCUCCUCACGAGAAAUUAGUGGCGUCUUCAACACCAACUCCGCACUCUCGAUCUCGAGCUUCCAAACAGCCUGUUACUGUCUCAUACAAUAAGAUGACCAGGGGAAAUGCCGGUAGUAAAUUCGUUACCACGAGAGUCGAUGCGUUGACUUGGCUAUCAAGUGUUAAGGUGGGGGAGAAACGAAGAGGGAGCUCAUCAGGUCCUGGUAGUGGCCACAAUAGUGCGGAGGUAUCAAGGAUGGGUUCCAGAUCUCGAGGCAACUCGGGUCCGGGAGACACUGUAGGAAACGAUAGCAAAAAGAGGAGCGAGAGCAGAAAUAGACUCCUAGGCGAGGAAGCGAAUCAAUCGUUACAGGAUGAAAUUACAUCUGCGCUCACGAAAUUGGCCGCUUGGAAAGUUACGCUGGAGAAGCACGAUUUAACGAAGAAACGAACGUGUACAUUAGGACUUUACGGCCCUUGGGGAGAAUCUUCAACCGUCUUCAUGAGAGUCACGUUCACGUUCCCUCGAGAUUAUCCUCAAGCAACACACCCCGAAGGGACGCCGACCGUGAAUCUUGAACAAAGUCCCCUUAUUUCUAUCAAGAAUCGCGCCUUUAUCCUUCGACGUCUGAAGGGGAUCAGAGAAACUCGAAGGCCCUGUCUUGAGGCUUGCCUGAGGUUUCUUCUUUGCGCCAACGAGGAAGAGAAUGGACGAACAGAGGCGCGCAACCAUAUGGACUCUGGAUCCUCUGAUGACGACGACGACGAAAAGAAAGGCAAGGACUUGGCUCUGGCGCUGAGGAAUCACAAGAACUUGGCCGAGCCGUGUACAUCUCAAGGGACGUUUGGUCCAAAUGGGGAGUUUGUAUGUUUCUUCCGUGCGCCACCAAGGAUCGUACGCCACGUUCUACGUGGUAGCCGCUCUGAUUCUCCGACAAAGCCGUCAACACCCCAAAAUUCUUCAAGCACCGUCAACAUCUACCAGUCUCCAUCGCUCGUCGCAGACGCCGUCCGCCGUCUUGGCACCAUCGCUUCUGAUCGUUCCGGCAAGUCAGCCGAUUCGCGCCAGUCUGACAACGGGGACAACAUUCUGCGUGUUAUGACCAAUUUUUUCACGUUUUCUCAGGAACGUUUUCGGAAUAAUUUUGACUCGCGGCCACAGGGAGAGGUGCCCGAUCACUUUGUGAUUCCGUUGCGGCGCAGUACGCUCUCCAUCGGGACGAUAUCGCACCUUGCCGGGAGUGACAAGAAGGUUGCUCUGCGUUAUGUGUUUCAGUCGCAUAGUCUCUCGGAUGUCUGUGCCAGGAACGCCGUUGUAGCGAGAGAGUAUCGCCGGUUUGAUCAUGAGCGGAUAUUCAUUACUCUUGGUGCUUUGUUCCAUGUCGAGGGACCAGUGCAAGACACCGACUGGAUUGUCAAGUCGAGUCCUCUAAUAUGGCAAGUUAUACGUCGUCUUACUGCGGAGCUAUCUCAGCAAAAAGACGUGCAAAUGUUAGCGAUGAUGUCCAUGAUAGUGCUUCAAGCCUUUGAUACUCGCGAGUCUUUAGAGAACAUAAUGAGAAGUCCGGAUCCUAAGAGCGUGAACGCGACUCCUCUGCGUUCUGGCCAUUCCGAUGGUUUCGACUACUUCAGUAUGACGAGAAGUAGGCCAGACCGUGACAGUCUGAAGUCGCCUGUAUGGCCUCGUCUUCCUUCUGCGUCGCCCAACAUCUUGAAUUCGGCGCCUUCUAUAUCAUCCUCUUCCUCUUCCCGGGGUUCCUGGUCAAGUCUAUUCAACACCGGCACAAUGCGACAGCUCAUGAGCGGUGUACAAGACAGCAUCAAAGAUGGACUAGCGACGCCAACCAUGGAGAGUCGACCUCUGCUUGUCACGUCGGGAUCGAUACCCAUUCCUCCUAGUCGAAGUGAUCGCGUGCGACAUGGUCCCGAUUCGCCGAAGCCGUCUCAGAGUAAAGGACCACGGAAGGACGUUGCAGUGUCUAAAUCUUGGAACGAAAAGGAGACUCAAAGUCAUAGACAAUCGGUGUCGUUCUCACCUGCAUCAAUAUCGAUGCAAUCACAUGGAUCUAGCGUUGGCCAGGACGAAAGGCACGUACCAUUCAUUACUCACGUCCAUUACCGCCGAUGGCUGAUCUCCUGCCCUUGUAGUCCUGCGCCUUUGUUCGAGAGAUCCGAAAUCCAACAGUUCCUAAAUUCUGUGUACGUCUAUGCUGAAGUGUUAUUUAGCUGGCAGCUGUACCAUAAGCGACUCGAGCUGCUGAAGGCGGUUCACGGACGAGAGAUGUCUUGGGAUAUCGGUCAGCACGAGAUCGGUGAGUGUAUUGUUCACAGGUGUACGGUUUUCGGCUGUCAGGGCGAUAUUCCGCAUGGCGUUAGUGUAUGUACUUCAUGCAGCCAUCGGGCGGUGAUGCCUUCAUGUUCCGUUUGCCGUCUUCCUGUCAAAGGCCUUUCGCGAAGCUGUGUGCACUGUCUUCAUGUGCUUCAUAUAUCAUGCUCAAAAACGGCAAACGUUGCGUCCUGUCCCUCGGGUUGUGGAUGUUGUUGUAAAUGGAGCUAA